AUUUUGGAGCUUGUGAUAGCAUUUUGUGGUGUUGCAAAUCUCCGUAGCCAUGUGUGCCAAGUCAUAAUGGCCACGCCAACCGUACAGAAUCAAGGAUACAACGUGAAGAAUGCAGCUGAUGAACCAUUCUUCAUGCUGGUCCAUUGGGCAUGUCAAUCAGUUACCAGUCAUGAUCAGGUUUCACUAAAAGCUCUUGAUGUUCUACGAGAAAUGAAAGAAGAGAUUAUUGACACUGGGUCAACAGUUCAGCUCUCUCUGAGGUUAGAUGUCACGUUACCAAUGGCAACAGAACUGUUGACAUCUCAUAUGACCACCGACAAUCCAUUGAUGAAACAACAUUGUCUCAAGUUGCUCAAAGUUGUUGAAUUCUUGAGAACUUUAUGUAUUGAUGAAAACUCAAGGCAAUAUGUUGCACAGUGUCUUGAUGUACAGGUGGUUUUAAGCAUCCUGGAAUGCCAGCUAAAUCACAAUCAGAUUGGGCUAAGUAUGACUCGGAAGUCAAACCAAUCAGACUGGAGGUAAAUACACCGAUUCGUUUACAAUGAUUAUUUCUCCCUCUAGAUGCCUACUAGAGGCUUCUGGUGGGAGAUCCUUAAGGUCUGUCCACACUUUAAAAUUAUGUGACAAAUUUGUGUGAUGUACCUAUAUAUGGUCAUGAUGACUGCCUAUAUGUGGUCAUUACAUCCAAAUAUGUGCACAUCCCAUUUAUAUGUCACAUAAAAUUUGCUUUGUGCGUAAUCUGCCACAAAUGUAAAUAAUGGAAUUAUGGUAUGUACAUUCAAAAAAAAAAUGUAAAUAAUGGAAUUAUGGUAUGUACAUUCAAAA